AUGAGUCCUAAUGCCACAGAUUCAGUUCUUGAUCACUCCAAUGGCCAGAGGUUAAAGAUAAUGGAUGACUUGAACUUGAGUCCUCUCUCACGCCCUCUUGACGUAUCAAGGGGUGGUCAAAAUUUGAAGGAACAGAUGACUUCAGAGACGCCUGUAAAGACAAACCCAGAGGGUUCUUCUCACUCCAAUGCCGAUAAGUACUUGAAA